AUGUCAGAUUUAUCAAAGAACUUCAGCUCACUUUUGGAAUCAGCCAAAGGCCUGAGUCAGGUUCUUCGUCAAUCAGCUGGAAAUAGUGGUAAUUUUGAUUCAUCUGCUCUAAAAGAGAUAUUGAAUGCAAAUAGCCUCUCCGCAUUUAAUACCUCAUUUGUUGACGCUGGUAUCGAUCAAAAGCCACUUUCGACUGAAGAGAUCAUCCACAAAUUAAAUUCUACACGUGAAGGGAGUAAGCUCAUUGCGCUCAAGUACAUCAUGAAACUGAUGUCUACCGAGUCUGUUCGGGAUGACGAAGUGUUAGUAUACUUUCCCCACGUACUGAAAGGAAUCAACUCUCCAAACUUGACAAUAAAGAAGCUUGUAUUUAUCUUUUUGCUUCGAUACAACCAUAAGCAACCUGAUAUUGCCCUUCUUUCAAUCAAUGCUAUCCAAAAGUCCCUGGCUGAUAGAGAUCCAGUGAUUCGAAGUCUUGCGAUACGGGUUUUGGGUGGGGUACAAAUAAAAGCGAUUGUUCCUAUUUUGAUACUAAGUUUGAAAAAAACAAUUGUUGAUGUCAGUGCUCUUGUAAGAGCUUCCUCAGCCAUUGCGAUCAGGAAAUGCCAUGUUUUAAACGGUUCUAGUCUGUAUCAGGCGGAGGAUGACGAGCAUGUGAUACAAGAAGCAGAUAACGACUCGAUCACAACACAGCUCUACACAUUUUUGAGUAAACUUUUAGCCGAUUCCGAUCCCAUGGUCAUUGGUACAGCUUUGAUAGCGUUUCAUGAGCUAUUUCCUCAUGGAUACAAACUGCUACAUAAAGUCUUCAGGCAUAUUUGUUCCAAUUUAACAGCUUUGGAACCAGUUGCCCAAUCCUUAGCUAUUCAACUACUGACAAUUUACAGCCGAAAAUUUCUCCAAAAGACUCAUGUAGUCUUGGAUGAUAAUGAGAAAAUAUAUUUUGACUGCUAUCCACAUAAAUGUUCAAAUGUGGAUUCAUCCACUGAUGUGCAUUAUGACCCAGAUUUAAUUCUCUUCUUAGAUGCCCAAAAAAAUUUAAUUCAUUCAUUAGACUCAUGUGUUCUUUUUUCUGUGGCUAAAAGUUUUUUGUGUCUCUCAUGUGCUACAACUAUAAAGACGUACAAGAUAGAUGCGAUGCUAUUAAACAUGGUUUCGUUAGUUGAGCCAUCAGGCCUGAAACCCUAUGUUCUGCAGCUAAUUUUAGUUUUCACAAUGUACGAGCCCAGCUUGUUCUCUUCCCAUAUUAAAGAAUUUUUUGUUCUUCCCAGUGAUGAUAGCCGAACUAUUCAUCUAAAAGUAGCGAUUUUGGUGCAACUUCUGAAUGCUGACACUUUUGGACCUAUUUUUAACGAGUUAAAGUACUAUCUACAUGAGUCCAGCUAUGUUGAGGAUGAAUCGAAAGUUGAGAUUCUGAAACUUGUCAAUGAACUCUACAGUAGCCCACACCUGUUUGAGAGCCAAAUAUCUACCAUUUUGAGUUGGUAUUUGAGUAAGCUUGACCAGUGUAUACAACCUUCUCUUUUACCGGAAUAUUUCAAUGGAAUUAGACUAUUCAUCCAGGAAAACUUGAUUUCUAAUGAGAGGACCCUUGGAAUUCUUGUCGCCAAACUAAUUGAGCAUAAGGUUGAGGGGCCAACAAAGGGAUCCAUUAUCUGGCUUCUGGGAGAAUUUGCUAAUCUGUCCAAUCCUCAUGUUGACACUAGUUUUAUUGUUGAUAUUUUAAGGAUCAUGCUUCAAAAUUUUCCCUCUGAGGGUCCUGAAGUUAAACUGAACAUUUUGUACCUGGCAGCAAAAUUAUUGGCAAAGGAUAUUUACAACUUUAAAACCAGCAACAACAACAACUCCGAUUUCAGUUUCAAUUCUCCUCUAUUCAAGUGCUUUAAUCUAGUUUUGAACUACUGCAAGUAUGACAAAUCGGUGGAUAUUAGAGACAGGGCACGAUUUAUAAGCUCUUUAUUACCAAACUUAGUUAUUGAUGAGGAAAACAGUGUGAAAAUUGUGAAUUUAGAGCGGCUCAUUGAAACGCAACAUAUCUCCUUGACCCGGAAGCUACGAAGAAUCGAGAUCGGAGUAUUAGUUUUCCAAGUUUUCAAAAAGCCACCAAAGAUAAGCACCAAGAAGUGUGAAAGGUUGAUAUCCAAAUUGAUACUGGACUAUCUUAAAAUGGUUGAAUGGAAUGUCUUGUCCGCAAACGAGUUAGCCCGAUUUACGGAAAAGCGUAGUCUUGAUCUUGACAUCAAGAAUUACUCGCAGAACACCAGCUGGCUAUCAAACGAGUAUAAUAAAUCCAACACGAAUGAACCUGCAUUGGAGAGCCAUAAUUCUUUUACAGUUGGUUCCGGUCAACCUCAGUUCAGUCGUCAAAACAAAUUACAAUCGUCAAAGUCGUUAAAGAUUAAAACUUUGGAUGAAUUUUUCAGCAGCGAUAGCGUUGAAGAUUAUAGUGCAAGCAGCUCCAAUGAAAAUAGUGGAAAUGAUGAUGAUGACGGUGAUUAUGAUCGAGAUGAUGGUGAUGAUGAUGAAGAAGAAGAGGAGGAGCAGGCGGAAGAGGAUGAAGACGAUGAAGACGAUGAAGACGAUGAAGACGAUGAAGACGAUGAAGACGAUGAAGACGAUGAAGACGAUGACGAUGAAGGGAAUGUAACGAUUGAAGGAAGUCGAAAAGACGAAAAAAGCAGAAGCACUAAUUACAGUGAGAUCGGGGAUACCCGAGGCAAUUGGGCGUAA